AUAAGAAGCUCAAUGAAUUCUACUUCAUCCCCCACAUGUACCUCACUGGCGUCACCAUGGGAGGAGUUCAUCACAUAAAAUAACACUUACAUCCCAGUGGAAGAGAUAAAUAGCGAGCUGUGCAGUGCUCAGUCAGACAACAAGGUUACUAUCCCCACUGAUCAUUGGCAUCCAGGUGCCAGACUGGGAUUCAGCACCAUGGGCAGCUCCCGGUUACGCCUCCUCACCCUGGGCAGCUGCUUGCUGCUCAUCCUCAUCAGCUCAGUCAGAGGACAGGAGGACAGCUCGGAACUCGAGACCAGAGCACUCCGGGACUUUUACCCCAAAGACAUUGUUCCCUCCAGUGAGAAGGAGUUGCUCGGUGCUCUGCAGGAAGUCUUGGAGAAGUUACAGAGUAAACGUGUACCAGUCUGGGAAAAGAAAUUCGGACAAGUUCCUGUGUGUGAUGUAGGAGAACAGUGUGCAGUCAGAAAGGCUUCCAGGAUUGGGAAACUAUGCAACUGCCCUAGAGGCUCCGUGUGCAACUUCUUCCUUCUAAAAUGUUUAUAAAACAAAACCAAGGAACUACAGGAGCGACAGGGCUGAGCACUGACACAACAUCUGGAGAAAGGACUUGGGUGACAAUGAUUUUUACGCUAGUAAAAUGAUGUACAGCAUCUGUUCUGUAUGUUGUUCUGGACUGUCAGUCUUCCUGUUUGUGCACUGGUUAAGAUAAAGAAAUAAAGACAUGCUCUCUUUUGGAAA